AUGUCCGCCACCCCAGCUACAGUAAGCAUCGCCAAAAGGAUAGCAUGGCAGCCGCUAAACCCUGACGCCCGCGAUCAGCUUGACCCCCAGUACGUUAAGCUGCACGACGAGGUGCUGGUUUGUGAUUGCAUGAACGCAUCAGGGAUGCUUUACGUUGGUCGCGCUGCCAAGUUUGCAGACAUGCCGCAGAGGAUCGGCCACGACUGCUGA